AGAGAGAAAAACAACUCUCUCCGCAAUCCUUCCCAAACACACACCAUGCCUAAAGGGAAAGGUAAGCGCUCUUCGGGCGCAAACGAGAUUGUCAAAGAUACACCCGUCUCGGUUUCGGAACCCCAGACUAACCCCGCCGAGCCCCAAAUCGAAGAAGGUGCUUUCGCUGGUCUCCGCGAAAAGAUCGAGCAACGCUUGAAGAAUCAGAGCUCCGCCAAGGGAAAGGGAAAGAAGGAUAACAAGGUUCAGCCUUCCACGGAGAACACACCUGUCAAGAAGGAGAAGAACGCCCCUCCCAAGGCCGACAAGAAGCAGGAUUCGGCGCAUGGAAAGAAACGGGAUCGCAAUGGUGAUGUGAUCGCCCGGGAGGAGAAGGAGAAGCAGAAGGGAGGCAAGAAGAGCGAAGACAAGCCCGAUGCAUCGAAGAAGGAAAGCAACAACGAUGCGCUUCGUGCGGAGAUCAUGGCUAUGGGCGGCACCGAGGCGGAUCUGGAUUUGCUUGCGGAUGUUGACUCGGAGUCUGAGGUCGAGGGUGAAACUUCCAAGAGGAAGGCAAAGGGCCGCGAGGCUGAUCUGCGGAGAGAGCUAUCCAAUAUGCUAGCGGCUGCCGGUCAUGUCGUUCCUGAAGAUCUCGCAGAUGAUGAGGUAUCAGAGGUAGAGGAGGAGGAUGACGAAGAGGAGGCUGAAGAAGAUGAAGAGGAGGAUGAAGAAGAAUCCGAGGAAGCCAAAGAUGUUGAAGAUGACAGCGAGAACCCCAAUGAGCAAGAUGCGGAUUCUUUUGAAGAGUCAGAUAUCGAGGAUGCCCCCCCGGCGCCUAAGGCAAAGGAACCCGAAUCUCAUAUCCCCAAGGAAUAUGCCAAGCUGGCUGUCAUGCCUCGCUCCGACUGGUACAAUUCUCCUCUCCCUCCCGUCGCCGGUGCCAAAGAAAUGAAUGCUCUUCCCCGCCACCUGGUUGAGCGCAUCCACGAGCAAGCCAAGGUCCUACUUCUCGAGGAGAACGAAACAUACGCCGAGGCCCAAAAGACAUCCGCCUCUUCCUCUUACAAAUUCUACACCAGCAUCAUGUCCAGUGGUACCCUGAGUGAUAAGAUUUCCGCCCUCACUCUUGCUGUGCAGGAGUCGCCAUUGCAUAACACAAAAUCCUUGGAGUCUCUGGUCGGACUCGCGGGCAAGCGCAGUCGUGCACAGGCUGUCGAAGUUCUCCGAUCUUUGAAGGAUAUGUUUGCGCAGGGUACUCUCCUGCCUUCAGACCGACGAUUGAGGUCUUUCGCCAACCAGCCCGGCCUUGUCGCCGCCUUCCAAGGAGCUGGCGGCCGAUGGACCGAGCGAGACCCUCUGCCUGGUGGCCUGCAAAAGAGCCAUUUGAUGCUUUGGGCCUUCGAGGAUGGCGUCAAGGAACAGUUCUAUGAGAUUCUGAAGGUUCUUGAGGUCUGGUGCAAUGACGAGAUUGAGUUCUCGCGUUCCCGCGCUGUCAGUUACGUCUAUGAGUUGCUCAAGGAGAAGCCCGAGCAGGAGGCCAACUUGUUGCGUCUGCUGGUUAACAAGCUUGGUGACCCCGGAAAGAAGAUUGCCUCUCGCGCUUCGUAUCUUCUUCUGCAGCUCGAGCAGCAGCAUCCUAUGAUGAAGCCUACUAUCAUCAAGUCUGUUGAGGAGCUACUCUUCCGCCCUGGCCAGAGCUCGCACGCCAAGUACUAUGCCAUCAUUACUCUGAACCAGACUGUUUUGAGUAUGAAGGAGCAACAAGUUGCGAUGCAGCUUCUGGAUAUCUACUUCUCGCUUUUUGUCACUCUUCUGAAGCCGGCUCCUAAGAGCAAGCCUCAAGGAAAGCACGGCAAGAGCAAUCCCAACAACCAGGCUGUUAAGGGAGAGGCUCAGACUGAUGAGAUGCGGGAGAAGCUGACGUCGGGUGUGUUGACUGGUGUCAACCGUGCCUACCCCUUCACCGACGCCGACUCGGGCCGAUUGUCCAAGCACAUCGAUACUCUAUUCCGCAUCACCCACUCCUCCAACUUCAACACGAGUAUCCAAGCCCUCAUGUUGAUCCAGCAAUUGACUCACACUACUCAAGUCGCCAGCGACCGUUUCUACCGGACGCUAUACGAGUCUCUUCUGGACCCCCGCGUGGCCACCUCUUCGAAGCAAUCGCUCUACCUCAAUCUCCUCUUCAAGUCUCUCAAGAACGAUCUCAAUGUGCGUCGCGUGAAGGCAUUCGUCAAGCGUAUCGUGCAAGUUCUCGGCAUGCACCAGCCAUCAUUCAUUUGCGGUAUCUUCUACCUGAUCCGUGAACUGGAAAAGACCUUCAUCGGUCUCUCAUCACUCCUUGACCAGCCCGAAGACAACGACAGCGAUGACGAAGAAGUCUUCCGCGACGUUCUCGACGAGGAUGAUGAGCAACCCGAGCCCGCCCCCGUGGAUGAGACUACUACCAAGAAGUUGAAGGAGAAGUACGACCCCCGCAAGCGUGAUCCCGAACACAGCAAUGCAGAGGAGAGCUGCCUCUGGGAAUUGCUUCCUUUCACCACCCACUUCCACCCCUCCGUCUCACUCAACGCCGACCGUCUCCUCGAGCACGAGCCCAUGAGCGGCAAGCCCGAUCUCACCAUUCACACCCUGUCCCACUUCUUGGACCGAUUCAUUUACCGCACCCCGAAGACUAGCGCUGCCUCUCGCGGCGCCUCCAUCAUGCAGCCUCUGGCUGGUGGUGAGGCUAAGGAUCGCCUCGUCGAAGCCGGCAAGACAUCCAUGCAAGGCGUGCCGCUUAACUCGCAGAACUUCUGGAAGAAGAAGGCCGAAGAUAUUUCCGCCGAGGACGUCUUCUUCCACGAGUACUUCAACCGAGUUAAUAAGGACAAGGUCAAGGCGAAGAAGGGCAAGGCCGCCACCGCCACCGACGACGCUGCUGCCUCCGACGACGAAGAAAUCGGCGACGAGGACGCCAUUUGGAAGGCUCUGGUUGACUCUCGACCGGAUCUGGAAGAUGAGGCUGACAGCGACGAUGAUCUGGACAUGGAUGAUCUGGAAUCCGCCUACGACGACGACUCCGCUGAGGAAGGUGUUGAAGGCGAGAACGACGACGAAGUCAUUUUCAACGACGAGUCGGACGUUCCUUCGGACGAGGAGAUGGGCGAUGAGGAAGCUGGCGACUUCGAGGGCUUCGACUCACCACCCCCUACUACCAAGAAGAGCAAGGCCAAGGAUGCCGCCCCUGCUGCCAAGAAGUCGGCCAAGAAGGACGAGGACGAAGACGAGGACGAAUUCGAUAUGGAUGUCUCGGACGACGAAGCGUUCCUGGACAGCGACGAGGAUCUCCCGUCGGAUAUGGAGCUUGGUGGAGUGGGACUCGAGACGGACGAGGCCGAGCCCGAAGAGAACAACAAGAGCAAGAGGGAGAAGCGUCGCAAGCUCAAGCAUCUGCCUACCUUUGCGUCCGCGGACGACUAUGCGGCCUUGUUGGAUGGCGAGGAUCUGGGUAUGUAA